CAGGAUGAUGCAUACUGGCUAAGAUGCUGCACCACUUCAUUGCACUGUUUGCUGUGGCCAUACUUUCUUCCCAUCAAGGGAUUUCCAGUCCUCAUCCUGCAAUCGAGUGCACAAACCAUACAGUUUUAAACGAGGCAAGCAGAUCUAGGUUUUUUACCAACUACAUCGUUAACACCAGCGAUACCUCAUUAACGGGCUGGUUUACAUACAAUGGCUCAGCCGGUACGCGUAUGGCUACAACCUGCGUUCCCGCUGAUCACUGCGGUACGUUCGUUCCCGGAUGGCUGGCGGGUAACCAUCCAAGUGUAGAUGAAGGUUUAGUAGUACGAUCAGUAUGUCUCUCCAAGUCGCAAGUUUGUUGCAUGACAUCUGUGAGCGUACUCGUGAGGAACUGCAACGGCUUCUUUGUUUACAAACUGGACGUGAAUUCAAGUUUAAACGUUACCUUUCGAGUGUGUGGAAGUGGUAUCAAAGGAUCAUUGCCGCCUAAGCAAGUAGCAAUCAAGAAUAAGCAAG